AAAAAAAAACCUUCCAAACAAUUUAAAUAAACCUUAGGUUGCCGGAUAAAGUCACCCCGUUUGACCCCCCGUCUUCUCGUUCCUCCAUCUUUACUGAGGCCGUUCGCAUCAGAGAAAUGACGCAACCCCUUCACCAAUUGAAGAGCCGCUAGCUUCACGCAACACAGUAUGUGAGGUCGUAGGUGAAAAGUCGUAAGCGAGAGCACUUGGUGUUCAAGUUCAGCUGUGUAACGUGGGUCUGGUCCGGGCGACCACGGGCUGCAUGAACAGGUUGGGACAGCUGCAAUCAAACAUGAGCCCUGCUGCGGGAGAGAGUACCGUAACGUUGUCUGAUGCACCCAGUGCACCCAGUUCGCCCUUCCCGGGUAAAGUAGACCUCCAGCGGCUCUUCAGUCACGUCAGAUACGAGAACCUGGUGGCCGGUCUGAGCGGAGGGGUGGUGUCGACUCUAGUGCUUCAUCCGCUAGAUCUUGUCAAAAUCAGAUUCGCAGGUAAGUGCUUUCUCUUACCACGUGGCAAGAUAGACACUGUCCUUCAUUUUUAUGGCCGUUUGUUCCUCUUCAAUCUUAAAUGAAGAAGACUGUAUACUAUAAACACAAGCACAUACUAAGAAGGUCUAACUCCUUGUGUGUUUCCCUUUCACAGCUACAAUGCAAUCAAGAGUUAUAAGCAGGAAUCUAAUCAGUCUGAACUCACUGCUUCUCAGCACCUGGUUUCAGCUGCCCAGGCAGGGGCUCUGACACUUUGUAUAACCAACCCCAUCUGGGUGACAAAGACUCGCCUAGUUCUGCAGUACGAUGCUGGCAUUGACCCGUCCAAAAGACAGUACAAGGGCAUGUUUGAUGCUCUGCUGAAGAUUUACCGCUAUGAGGGCAUACCAGGGCUAUACAGGGGUUUUGUGCCUGGCUUGUUUGGCACAUCACACGGCGCUCUGCAGUUCAUGGCAUACGAGGAGCUCAAACGGGAGUACAGCAAAUACAAGAACAUGCCAGCGCAAGCUCAGUUGAAUCCGCUGGAGUAUGUGACCAUGGCAGCUAUGUCCAAAAUAUUUGCCGUGUCUGUGACUUAUCCUUAUCAAGUGAUCCGCGCCCGGUUACAGGACCAGCAUAAUAAAUACGCUGGACUCACAGAUGUCAUCAGGCGGACCUGGAGCAAUGAAGGUGUCCGUGGAUUUUACAAAGGAAUCGUACCCAACGUGAUCAGGGUGACCCCUGCGUGCUGUAUAACUUUCGUAGUCUAUGAAAAUGUGUCCAGUUUUUUGCGUGGCCUGCGCGGCUGAAAAUAAAACCGAGGAUGUCAGUCCGGGCGAUGAGGUAAUGGCAUCCCAAUGGAGAUCGUCGCUGAAGAGCAGUACCAGCUCUUAGAGAGACAGUUACUGUGUGUUACCAUGAGCGGUACUUUACCUACCUGAGAAGCAGCCUUGACCAGCCCUGGCUGUGCUUCUUCAAGGGGCGUGACGCAGCUGCAGUUUGCACAACCUGGAAGCUGUAAUGUCGAAUUAUAUGGGCGUAGAUAUUUUAAUAUGACCAGCACACAGCUAGCUGUACGUAACUCUGAAUGUCUCCUAAAUGAUGUACAUGUAAGUUUUGUGUGCAUAGGUGUAAGCCAAAGAUUUUUAUUUUUUGAAUUCAUCGAGAAAUUAGGUGAACUGUAAGUUGGACUGGUUUCACAGUCCCAGUACCUAACUGAAAGCUGCGACGUAUCUGUAUUUAAAAUAUUUAUGCACUUAAAGUGUUUGAGAUUGGGGGGGGGGUGGUAACCAUAAAACUUUAGGGUGUCGUACAGAUGCUGUGCUGCAAAUGUCAAAAUACAUCAGUAAAAUAACAUGCAAACAGUUUUUUUUUUACUAAAUGCAACUGUAUUCCAUUUUAAAAGAAACAUUGAAUGUAUAUUCUACAUUUGACAUUUUGGCUUAAUCUUCAUUUAGAAGUGGAAUUGAUUUUUUUUUUAUUUAAUUGAAGUUUAAUAUUUUGCCUGUUUGUAAAUAUUUAAUGAAUUUCGAGUGACGUGUAAAAGAAAGUUCAGUAAAAUCAAACGAUCUUCCAUCGCUUUAAGUACCUUAGCUGGGAUGAAAUUCAAAGCUGUAGCCUGGUCUGUCAAACAAUCUGCAAUGCGUCCAAUUAACUUGCAGUCAUAUUGAAAUAUUUUAGCUCCUGGUAAUCGUGGAAGUAUCUAAUGUAACUAUGUCCUGUUACAUUUUUUAUUUUCAAUGACAACUUUCAAACUGCUCAAAUCAACAAUUUUUUUUUUAUAAAAAGUUUCAUUUAUUGACAUGAGUAAAAAUGAAAUUCUGACAACGGUUACUAAAGAAUGCUAAAAUAAACUACUACAGAAUCCUA